UAAGAUGUCGCUGUGGUGUUUUGGUGAAGCGUCGGCUUUACCUCGUAAUGUUUUUCCAAUCACAAUGCUAAAUGCAGCUUUUAAUUUUUAAAAAAAUAGUUGUGUGUAUAUAGUGAUAUUUAAAUGGUCAUAUUAUUUAACAAGCUUCUUUUUUAACUGCAUCGCGUGAAUUUUUUAGUUUGAUACAAAAUUUAACCUUCAAUUUUAUUCGUAUCAUCAACCUCUGUGGGUACAUUGGGACAAGGCGUGUAUUAAAUCUUACAUUCAUCACUUGGAAAGAUAGAAGUGAACUUUUUUAUACAUUUAUUUGGUGUAAUUUAUCUCCAGGUUUGUGUGUAAAACAUAAACCAUGAGUAACGCUAUUUAUGUUGCUAAAAGUGAAACAGUGCCCAGUAUACCGAAUGUAUGCAGAUUAUGCAGUGCUGAAGACGAAGAGAAUCUUAUUGAUCUUUUCAAUCCGCAAACUCCAGUGCUUAAUUUCUUCCGAAGCGUAAUUCUGUACGGAACUGGUCUCGAGAUUAAAGAAGAUGACAUUGUCUCGAAGAUGGUUUGCCAAAGAUGUUGCGAAAUUGCAGUUAAACUGCAUAGGUACCGUUCCAAUGCUCUUAAUAAUGACAAAUUGCUAAAGGCACAAUAUGGAAUACCACAACAGUCACCGACCGAGGCAUCGACUGAAAGUCCUUUCAGUUUGUCUAAUGGGCACACCAAAAUGGAAGAUGAAACUGAUUCCUCCUUGCAGAGCAUUAUCAAUGAGAAAUGUGAAAUGAAAGGCGUUCAGCAAGAACCCGCGAAAAUAUGCAAAGAUGUAGCACCAGAACCAAAACCUCCACGUGUAAUUUACAAGCAUCCCUCGGUGCAGAAAUUAUAUAAAUCGUACCCUAAUCUCAUUGUUUCACAGAAAAUCUUUUCUGACGACUUAUCACCUGUGAUAUCAUUAGAUGAAUCUGAAGUAUCAGAUUGGUACGAGAGCCAAUUGGAAAAAAUGAAAAAGAGAUUGUCGCAUAUUACGAUUAAGAAAGUUGCUAAUGAUGAUGGCUCUAUGGGAAAGUGCAAUGGCUCUUCUCACGAUAUAGUCUCACCAAUACCUGCUGUUAUAAACAAUAACAGUGUGUUAGAUAGGCGACCUAGCACAACUUCUACAUGUAGUAAAAAUGACACAUUGUCAAGUAAUGAUGGAAUUAAGUCGGUACAAUCCAAAGCAUCGGAUAAUCUAAAAUCUAAAAAACCGACUGCUAGAAAAAGUACUACAACAAUCGAGGUGAAUGUACCCCAAGAAAAUCGGAAAAGGAGUUUAUCUAGUUGUAGCGGUUGGUCCAUGGAUGACCACUUUGAUGAUGCUCUCAGUACUUCUAACCUGUCAAUCCAUUCGAAAGAGAGCGAUAGUGAUCAACCUAAGAAAAGGCCUUCCUUGUCAUCAUCACUUCCUGAAAAAAAAGAUAUGAGCAGGACAUCUUUCGAUUCUAAGUUUGAUUUCCUUGAUGAUGUCUUUACAGAUGUCAAACCGCAUGAAAAACUUUUGUUAAAGACUGAACCUAAUUCAUCAUCCCAUUUUAAAAUCGAUUUAGCAAAUGAUUUGCCCACUUUUAAAAUCAGUUCAGCAAUGAAUUUGCCUAAUUUUUCAUCCAAUUCUAAAAUUGGUUUACCAAAUAAUUUGCCCACAGAAAAAAUCAAUUUACUAGACAGGUGGAAGUCGCCUGACGAGAGUUCGUCAUCCCAAAAACAGACCCCUGUCAUUUUUCAAAGGGCUAGAAAAAGAACUGCUGCACGUGUAGGAUCUUCAGCUACAAAUAAAAUCAGCAAAACUGAUAAAGUUGUUAAAAAGAAAAAUAAACGAUAUUUUAAUAAGGACAUGCUGACUGAUUUUAAGGAGCUCGAUUCAACGAAUCGCAACCACAUUGAAAGUAGUUUUGAUAGCGAUACCGUUUCAACAAUCGGUGUGGUGGCUGGCAGAUCAACAUCGGAUCAAGAUAGUUUAUUUGUAUUAACAUCCGGAAAGACUUUGGCCGUUUUUAUUUGUGCUGUGUGUAGUUUGGUUUGUGAUACUAAAAGGCAACUCGUCGACCAUGAGAAAACACAUCUUACAUGCAAAUUUUGCAAAGUGAGGAUAAAGAAUUUGCAACUGCUGAUAGAACAUCUUAACGACACUUGCAUUAUUAAUGUAAAGAAACAUGAUGCGCGCAUACAAUUGCUGCGAGUGGAUGAUAAUCCGGCAAUGGUCGAGAAGUAUAAAGAAGCUUUUCAGGCUGACACUGCCUUGUAUGAAGAUCGAGACGAAGAUACUAAAGAUGAAGGCAUAAAUCAUGAUGAUACAUUUAGUAAUGAUGAUUUUGUUCCUGACCUAAAGGAAGAAUGUGAUAUGAGUUUGAUCAAACAUGAAGAAGUAAAAAUUGAAGAUACUAAUGAAAAUGAUAUUAAUGAUAUUAUUUGCCUGUCUGACAACGAGGAAGAGGAUGGUGUUGAAUAUUCAGUCAUUCAAAGGCACACUAUCGUACCCGAAGAAGAAGAGGAAAUACACAUCGACGACGAACUCAAAAUAAUAAAUCGUACCGAUGAUAACGAUAUCUUUUUGUUUGAUGCAAUGCAAAGACAUCAUUCUAGCGAAACAGAAAUGAUUAAAACCCUAUUCAAAAAAUAUUAUCACGGAUUAAUCAAAUUUGACAAACGUUGUCAGACAUUCAGAAACACAAAUAGAUGUGUGAGACGUACAUCGAAUAAUUUAAUUCUUCUGGAACGCAUGCUCUCCGAGUUAACCGUUUACAUUGUAGCAGUCAGUGUGGAAAGCCGACCCAACAUAACUGCGCGCUUCAAUACUCCCCAGCCGCCGGCUACACGUCCGUUAGAGUACUGGGGACACAAAAAAACCACAUGCAUAGUCAAACCGAUUAAAAGCAAACCCAGUCCCGUUAAAUCCAGUGUUGCCGAAUCUAAAUUGCAUGCAAAGCGACCACUUAUUGAAACAAAACACAUAUUAGCAAAUAUGUCGAUAGAAGAAAAAAUUAUUCCAUCACAAAUUUCUACUACACAAGCCAAGCCAAUUUUGACUUCUAGCUCUAGCAUACCCACUUCACUUCAAGUAGUCAAUCCAUUACCAUCCAAUUCUUCAACUUCAAGCCCUUUCCAACAAGUAUUCAUUACUUCUAGCAACAUUUCAUCAAAUACAAUAGUCAGUAGCGUUCCUAUCUCAUUAGUUCCAACUCCUACUGUACAAUUACUUCCUAGUGCAAACGUAAAUCUUAUAAGCACAGUUACCAAAGCUUUAGUUCCGGUUUCUUCCACCAUUUCAACGUCGAUCGUCUCCAAUUUGAUUCAACCUUCAAACCCAUCGACGUCGGGAAUUGAAAAUAACAGUGUAAUAACUAAUAAUGUUACACAAAAGAAUAAAUUUGUGCCGAUCGCACCGAAACCUGACAAAAACCACCUUAACUCAUCUAUAUCUGAUGCUACAAAUACUGCCAACAAGGUGCAAAAAAUUGAAGAAGUGAACCUCUAAAAUAGGACAAAGUGUGUAUUAUUUAUGUUUACAAUUUUAGUACCUAGUAUAGAAUUAUAAUUUAUGUUAUUAAACUUAUGCCAUUCUG